AAAUCAUCAGCUGCUACACAGUAUUGAUUUUUACUCUCAAAAAAAUUCAUCAGCCGUAGAUAUUAAAUAUGCCUAAGAAAAUCGAAAAGUAUCAAUUGGGAAAAACCCUCGGUAGAGGUACUUUUUCAAAGGUUAAAUUAGCUGUAGAUACAACUGAUAACUCUCACUGGGCUAUCAAGAUUAUCGAUAGAAAGAUGGUCAAACAAGAAAACAUGGAAGCCCAGCUCAAGAGAGAAAUUGCCAUCAUGAAAAUUUUAAAACACAAACACGUUGUACAAUUGAGAGAAGUUCUUCAAAGCUCUAAACAUAUUUAUAUUGUAUUGGAAUUGAUUACUGGUGGUGAAUUGUUCGACAGAAUUGUUGAGGCCAAGAGAUUCGAUGAAACAACAGCAAGAAAAUACUUCCAACAAUUGAUUUCAGGUAUUGAAUAUUGCCAUUCUCAAGGAAUUGCUCACAGAGAUUUGAAACCAGAAAAUUUAUUGUUGGAUGGUGAAGAUGUUUUAAAGAUUAGUGACUUUGGUUUAUCUGCACUCUCCGGUAAUGAUGGAUCAGGACAACAAAAGAUGUUGAUGACAACUUGUGGUACACCAAAUUAUGUUGCUCCUGAAGUUUUGAAGGAAAAGGGUUAUGACGGAAAGAAGGCCGACGUUUGGUCAUGUGGUGUUAUUUUGUAUGUCAUGUUGGCUGGUUAUUUACCAUUUGAAGAUGAUACAAUGAAAGGAUUGUUUGCCAAGAUUGAAUCAGGAAAAUUCUCUUAUCCACCUCACUUUACAAGUGCCCAAACUGAACUUAUUAGUAGAAUGCUUGUUGUAGAUCCAGAAAAAAGAAUUACUGUUGAACAAAUUAUGGAACAUAAAUGGUUCAAGGUUGGAUUCAAACUUGAUAGAGUUACAUCAAAGAUCAGUUUGACUGAAAAGGAAAUUGAUGCUUCUGUUAAAAGUACUGGAGAUGUUACUGAAGUUCAAUCAUCAACACAACCAGCUCAAAAUUCUCAAACUAAGGUCAAUACUCUGAAUGCUUUCGAUUUGGCUUCCAUGUUAAUGAUGGGUUCUAUGAAUCCACUCAUGUCUUCGGAUGCAUCUGUUAAAAUUAAGAGACAAACAAGAUUUAUGGCUAAAGGAAAGAAACAAGAAUGUCAAACAGCCAUCGUUUCAAAACUCGAUAAAAUGAAGGCCAAACCAACCACAAAGGGUGACGAUGAAAUUAAGUGUAUGGCCACUGUAAAUCAAGCUGCUAUAACAUUUAGUAUUAAGAUUGAAGAAACAAGUGGUGGUUUCUCAGUUGUUGAAGUAAGAAGAGGUAAAGGUAACAUCCUUGACUAUAAUGCUUUCUAUCGUACCUUGGUGAAUGAAAUGGGCAGUUUGGUUGUUUCUAAGGAAAUUUCCACAAAAUAAAUCACUUUGUAAAUUU